CUGGGGCUGAAGUGAAGGGCAGGCGACUGCGCCAGCACCGAGAGAGCCGGGCCCGCCCCCGGCCCGCUGAGCGCCGAGGAGCUGGGCCGCGGCGGCCUGGAGGGGCGCCCGGCAUGUGGGACCCCCAGGACUUUGAGCGCCACUGGCAGGCCGAGUUCCCCGGGGAGGACGUGCCUGUCAUGCGGUUGGAGUCGGUGCUAGACAUGGAGCGCGAACUGGAGCGCAGCAGACUCAACCUGAAGUGGCUGCAACAGGUGCUGGCUGAGGAGAAGUUCAAAGUCGUCUACCUGCAGGCGGCCCUGGAGAAGCGGGACCUCGGCAGCGGGCGCCUGGAGGGCGGAGACGGCGACAGCGGGGGAACCUCGGCCGAGGAGCCGGCGCCCGCCGGGCCAGAGCGAGAGCCACAGCCAAGCGAGGAGGAGGGCGCAGCGGGCGGCGGCGGAGACCCCCGGGGCCCCUCCAUCCCCGACCCGGAGGUGGCCGCGAAGGCCGAGAGUCCCCCAUUCGUGAGCCUGGACCUCCCCCGCUGGCGCGGGGCGGCGGGGGCAGGGGGCGCGGUGCGCAGCUUGACUGCAGCCAUCCACCAGCAGCUCCUGCAGCCUCGCCUCCUCUUCAGGCCCCGGGAGGACUGCGCGCCCCCCGGGCACGAUGGCACAGUUCCCGGCGCCGCAGGAGAGGAGCGGUCCGCCGGGAACCGCGCGGGGCGGGGCUCGGAGGAGGGCGAGCCGGACGCCUUGGGCGCGGACGAUGGGGGCGACAGCAGUGACCAUGACUUCGAGAUGGUGGAUUUGAAUGAGAAAUUCGUCCUUGGUCAGCUGCUCGUGGCCCCCUGCCGGCCCGGGACCUGCUAUGAGGCUGAAAAGCCGGCGCGGGCGUGCAACACCCAUCGUUUGAAGCACCUGAUCCUCGGCGGCCGGCGGCAGCUGCGCGGGAGCCGCGACCUGGAGCAACUGGAGGCAGAGGCCAAGGACGGGCGGGGCUCGCCCCCGGUGGCAGAGGAGCCGCCACGGCGGAGGGCUCGCGAGCACCUCCCCCCGUGGCGGCGCAAGAGGUACCUGGGGUUGCCGGAGCGGGACUCGCCGGGCCACAGCUCGCCGGAGAGGGGCAGUGACUGCAGCUACAACAGCUCCGACCACGAGGACGGCUCCUUGGCAGACUUCAGCUACGGGGCAGACGACUACGACGGAGAGGGGAAUGAGGAGCAGAAGGGGCCCCCGGAGGGCUCGGAGACCAUGCCGUACAUCGACGAGUCGCCCACCAUGUCACCCCAGCUCAGCGCCCGGAGCCAGGGCGGCGGGGACAGCAUCUCCCCCACCCCACCUGAGGGGCUGGCACCAGGGGUGGAAGCAGGGAAAGGCCUGGAGAUGAGGAAGCUGGUUCUCUCGGGCUUCCUGGCCAGUGAAGAGAUCUACAUUAACCAGCUGGAAGCUCUUCUGCUGCCCAUGAAACCCCUGAAGGCCACAGCCACCACCUCCCAGCCCGUGCUCACCAUCCAACAGAUCGAGACCAUCUUCUAUAAGAUCCAGGACAUCUACGAGAUCCACAAGGAGUUCUAUGACAACCUCUGCCCCAAGGUGCAGCAGUGGGACAGCCAGGUCACCAUGGGCCACCUCUUCCAGAAGCUGGCCAGCCAGCUUGGUGUGUACAAAGCAUUUGUGGAUAACUAUAAAGUCGCUCUGGAGACAGCUGAGAAGUGCAGCCAGUCCAACAACCAAUUCCAGAAGAUCUCUGAGGAACUCAAAGUGAAAGGUCCCAAGGACUCCAAGGACAGCCACACGUCAGUCACAAUGGAAGCUCUGCUCUACAAACCCAUUGACCGGGUCACCAGGAGCACCCUGGUCCUACAUGACCUACUGAAGCACACCCCCGUGGACCACCCAGACUACCCACUGCUCCAGGAUGCCCUCCGCAUCUCACAGAACUUCCUGUCCAGCAUCAAUGAGGACAUUGACCCCCGCCGGACUGCAGUCACAACCCCCAAGGGGGAGACGCGGCAGCUGGUGAAGGACGGCUUCUUGGUGGAAGUGUCGGAGAGUUCCCGGAAGCUGCGGCACGUCUUCCUCUUCACAGACGUCCUACUCUGCGCCAAGCUGAAGAAGACAUCAGCGGGGAAGCACCAGCAAUAUGACUGCAAAUGGUACAUCCCACUGGCUGACCUAGUGUUUCCAUCCCCCGAGGAGUCUGAGGCCAGCCCCCAGGUGCACCCCUUCCCAGACCACGAGCUAGAGGACAUGAAAAUGAAGAUCUCUGCCCUUAAGAGUGAAAUUCAGAAGGAGAAAGCCAACAAGGGACAGAGCCGGGCCAUCGAGCGCCUGAAAAAGAAGAUGUUUGAGAAUGAGUUCUUGCUGCUGCUCAAUUCCCCCACAAUCCCGUUUCGGAUCCACAAUCGCAAUGGAAAGAGCUACCUGUUCCUUCUGUCCUCGGACUACGAGAGGUCAGAGUGGAGAGAAGCAAUUCAGAAACUACAGAAAAAAGAUCUCCAGGCCUUUGUCCUGAGCUCUGUGGAGCUUCAGGUGCUCACGGGAUCCUGUUUCAAACUUCGGACAGUGCACAACAUUCCUGUCACCAGCAAUAAAGACGACGACGAGUCUCCAGGACUCUAUGGCUUCCUGCAUGUCAUCGUCCACUCCGCCAAGGGGUUUAAGCAGUCAGCCAACCUGUACUGUACCCUGGAAGUGGAUUCCUUUGGCUACUUUGUCAGCAAAGCCAAAACCAGGGUGUUCCGGGACACAACAGAGCCCAAGUGGGACGAGGAGUUCGAGAUUGAGCUGGAGGGCUCUCAGUCCCUGAGGAUCCUGUGCUACGAGAAGUGCUAUGACAAGACCAAGGUCAACAAGGACAACAACGAGAUCGUGGACAAGAUCAUGGGCAAAGGGCAGAUCCAGCUGGAUCCACAAACUGUAGAAACCAAGAACUGGCACACAGAUGUGAUUGAGAUGAAUGGGAUCAAAGUGGAAUUCUCCAUGAAGUUCACCAGCCGAGACAUGAGCCUGAAGAGGACCCCGUCCAAGAAGCAGACCGGCGUCUUCGGCGUGAAGAUCAGUGUCGUGACCAAGCGGGAGCGCUCCAAGGUGCCCUACAUCGUCCGGCAGUGUGUGGAGGAGGUGGAGAAGAGGGGCAUCGAGGAGGUCGGCAUCUACCGGAUAUCAGGGGUGGCCACAGACAUCCAGGCGCUGAAGGCCGUCUUCGACGCCAAUAACAAGGACAUCCUGCUAAUGCUGAGCGACAUGGACAUCAACGCCAUCGCCGGCACCCUCAAGCUCUACUUCCGGGAGCUGCCGGAGCCCCUCCUCACAGACCGCCUCUACCCCGCCUUCAUGGAGGGCAUCGCCCUGUCAGACCCUGCUGCCAAGGAAAACUGCAUGAUGCACCUGCUCCGCUCCCUGCCCGACCCCAACCUUAUCACCUUCCUCUUCCUGCUGGAACACUUGAAAAGGGUUGCUGAGAAGGAGCCUGUCAAUAAGAUGUCCCUUCACAACCUGGCUACUGUGUUUGGCCCCACGUUACUGAGACCUUCGGAAGUGGAGAGCAAAGCACACCUCACGUCAGCUGCCGACAUCUGGUCCCACGAUGUCAUGGCACAGGUCCAGGUCCUCCUCUACUACCUGCAGCACCCCCCCAUUUCCUUCGCAGAACUGAAGCGGAACACACUGUACUUCUCCACCGACGUGUAGCCCGAGGCGGGCGUGGCUGUGGGGGCGGCCGGAGCCGGCCCCUCCAGCCGGGGCCCCAACUCAGACUCUAGGGACUACAACAGAGAGCUCCCAAACCCAGCGCGCCAGACUCCAAGGGACACAGAUUUCCAAGAACUGGAAGACGUGCGUCUUUUGUGCCACCUUGUACAAAGCCAGCUGACCCGCACCCCGGGCUCCGCCCUCUGUCCCCCUAGUUGUGUCUAAUGCUCCGUGCCGUUCGGGAAUUGUUUCACGUCUGUCUGUCAUGCGGAAGAGGUAGUGACCGACCUGGUGUGGGCACACAGACGGCCUGCUUUGUUCUUUCAUUUCCCCAACACUUUCUUGCCUCCUGAGUCCAGUCCAAGGGCUUUUAUUUCGCUCUGUAAGCGCUGCCAGCUUCUCCUCUCUUGGCCCUGCUCCCAGAUCGCCGUCUCCUGGCAGCCUCCCGUCUUCCUCCCCCCUCUCCUCCCUCCCCGCCUGCCCGCCUGCAUGUGCAGCCUUGGUUUUUGAUCCAUCGCCUCAAAAGUCGGAGGCAGCCCUGGACGGCGGUGGCAGUGGUGGCUGUCAGAUGCUGCCACUUGCCGCCCCUGGCGCACUCUGUGCCCUCCGCCCGCGGAUGCGCCCGCUUGCCUUGCUGCCUGUGCAAAUGUUGGACAAGGAGACGGACUCACACUAAUCCUCAGCUUAGCACAGGCUGGAGAGCAGAUUUCUGGGAUUUUUCCACUUGAGAAUCUCCGUUUCUGGGGUUUACCUGUUGUCUCCGGUGCGGCAUCUUUGAGUGUCGCUUCUGCUUUUCAGUUCCCUUUUCCCUGGUGUUCUGUUUCCUUUGAGUGUAGACUUACAGGUGACCUGCUAUCAGGGCAGCCAGAGGGUCAGGAAGGAACGCAGGGAGGUGGGCGGGGCGGGACCCAUCCGGGUGGGCAUUCAGAGGAGCAGCAGGGAACUCGGGGGCACGAGGCUCCGGGCAGCGAGGCGUUGCAGUGGCUUUUUAAGUGGAGCCCCGCUUCCGGGGGCGCACCUACUAUGGCUGAGGCAGGUGUCCAGAAACGGGCAGGCUCCACAGGAGGGCUCAGCCUUCCCCGCGUCUCACAGACCUCGUGGUACCUUUGCCUUAGAUUUUACACACUUUCUCCACAGCCAAGCACUGCCAUGGGCAGCCCCACGGCCACGGGUGCUCCAGGGCCUGGGAAAGGCGGGCGUGGUCCAGCAGUAGCCAGCCGUCAUGGUGCUGCCCCCCGACCCCCGGCUUCUGGAUGCAGCCUUUCAGGCGAGCUCUGGGCAACGCCACAAGGUGGGGAAGAAGCAGGAGUCCCUGGCACCUGCCUCUCUUGGGACUGGGUUUUGCAGGGGACCCUCGUUGUUGACGCUCUACUGCAGAGUUGGGACCAGCAGGUUCCACUCCCAACCUUGAGGCCCUCCUGGGAAGGAAUGAGAAGCACCCCAAAGGGCAGUUUUUCGCACCAGAGCAGAGGCUGCCAGCCUAUGGCAGCUGGCCUGGGAGGGCACACAGCUCCCUGGCUCUCCUGUGUGGCAGAGACUAGAUUCUCGGCCCUCACGAGUGGCGAGAACAGCUCCCCUGGCCUGAGCUCAGGGCCGUCAUAGAGGACGGUGUGGGGCCUUAAAGCUGUAGCACUUGCUCAGUGAGAGGAAGGGCCCUUUCUCACCUUGUUUACGCCUGUUGCCCAAUCGUGGGCAGAACGGUACACAUUUUGUGCGUAUCAGAGGAAAGAUAUGCCUUAGAGGAGGGAAAGACUGGCCGCCCAGCUGCCUGUUAGCAGCUGAGCAAGGAGCCCUGCUCCCCGAGACAGGUGGAGAAGGAAUGCCACUUGCGUCUAAAGAUCCCCAGUGUCUGACUGUCCCUGGAGCCUGCUUGGCCCUCGGGAGCUGGUGUGUGACAUGGAAGGCUCUUGCUGCCAGAGCCACUGACUGGAACGAACAUUGAAUGGAGGCCCAGCCAGAGCUACUUUCAGCCCCAAAUGGGUACCUCCCACCUCCCCAAACAAGGGACGUUUGCUUCUCAGCAUCAGGUUGCUACUGCAGCCCCCAGCCUUGCUGAGGCAGUUAGGAGAACCGGCUGGGAAACGCGAAAGGCCCAGAAUAGUUACCAAUUCCACCCCCGGAGUGGGGAGGGUGAGACCAGACCUGGACUAAGCUGUACCAAGGAAAACAGCCCAUGGGUUCUCCUGGGAGACGACAGGGACUAUGCAGCCCAGAACCCCCAGCCGUGGUCCCCAGCAGGGCAGCUAUGCCAACAGGCGCCCAGCAGACAGGCUGCAGGAGUCCCGUAUGCCUGUCCUGCCGGCAGUGGCCGUGCGCUGCCGGUGUUUGCUGAUACAGGUAGGAGGGGACCCUUCGUUAAUAUUUGACUUUAAUAAGUUGGUAAGGAUAUAUUUUUCUUUGGUCUAUGUUCUGUUUCAACUUAUGUAGAUUAUUAUAAAUUGAUGUAAACCACAUGAAAGGAAAACGUUAAUAAAAAAAAAAAUGCAAAGCGCCAACAUUUGCACAGAACUCA